UGGGGUUGCCUAAUACUCCCAUGCUUUCAAAACCAGCAGUGCUGUUGUUACUUCAUCUUUUGGUUAUUGCUAACUCUGUAUACUCUUUGCAGCAGCCAUUUAAUUGCCAUGAUCAAGAGAGGUCUGCCUUGCUGGAAUUCAAACAAAGCAUUUUUAUUGAUAAAUCUGCUUCCGGUUCUUAUGGUGCUUAUCCAAAGGUUUUAUCAUGGAAACCAGCUGAAGGAACAAACAAGGCCUGCUGCUCAUGGGACGGUGUCGAGUGUGAUGAGCAAACGGGUCAUGUGAUUGGGCUUGAUCUCAAUUCCAGUUUUCUCUAUGGCUCUAUCAACUCCAACAGCACCCUCUUCCGGCUUACUCAUCUUCAGAGAUUGAACUUGGCUGAUAAUCACUUCAAUUACUCUCGUAUUCCUACCAGCAUUAGGAAUUUUCCAAGACUCACAUAUCUCGACCUCUCUUAUUCUGUCUUUUCUGGUAAAGUACCAUCUGAACUUUCACAGUUGUCAAAGUUGUCAUUCCUUGAUCUAUCUCACAAUCUUGACACUUCUUCUGGUAAAAGAUUGCUAAAACUUGAUGGAUUUGUGUUCAGAAGUCUAGUUCAAAAUCUAACUAGUCUAGAAAAGCUCCAUCUCAGUUCCAUUAACAUAUCUUCCACUAUACCAGAUUCCGUGGCAAACUUAUCAAAUUUGACAUCGCUCCUCCUAAGCGAUUGUGGGCUGUUUGGCCAAUUCCCUAUAAGAAUUUUCGAGUUACAGAACUUGAAAGUUCUUACUGUAAAAUCCAACCAUGAUCUCUUUGGUUAUCUGCCUGAAUUUAAUGAAAGUAGUCAUCCCAAGUCAUUGAACUACAUAUCUGUGAAUGCAUGCAAUUUCUCAGGGAUGCUUCCAUCUUCUCUUGGUAAUCUUAGCCAGCUCAAGCAUUUGGACCUUUCGGAUAACAUGUUCCAUGGUCUGAUCCCUGCUUCGUUGGCAAAUCUUACCCAGUUGACAUGGUUGUCACUCUCAAAUAACAAUUUCACUAGCAGUUCCUUGUUGUGGGUUUGUAAGCUAACCAAACUUACUGUUCUGUACCUUGAAAGAACCAACUUGAGUGGUUAUAUUCCAUCUUCUUUUGGUAACCUCAAACAUCUCAUUUUUCUGAAUCUUCUUGAUAAUGAAGUAAAAGGUCCAAUCCCGUUUUCUUUUGGCAACCUCACCCGGCUUACCCAUCUCUGUCUUGCUAUUAAUCAACUUAGUGGUUCAAUUCCUGAAUCAUUGUUCAACCAUAUGGAUCUCGAGGUCCUGUAUCUACAAGAAAAUGACCUACACGGUACAAUCGACAUUCUUAAGCUACCAAGACUCACCCGCCUAGGACUGGAUGGUAACAAAUUGGUAUUGUUGGAUGAAUCCAGAAGAGUGAAUGCAACUGCUCUUCCAAAAUUCAAAUUUUUGUCGUUGCGAUCUUGUAACAUAAAAGAGUUCCCAAAUUUCCUAAGAUACCAGCGGAGCUUGGAGUUUUUGAACCUUGGCGGUAACAAGUUGGAGGGUCAAGUACCGAAAUGGAUGUGGAACACAAGCACAGAGAGUUUGUUGUUCUUGGACCUUUCUUAUAACUUCCUUUCAGUUUUUGGCCAACUCACUGUUGUUGCUCUUCCCUGGCGUAACCUACAAGUUUUAAGGCUUCAAUUUAACAUGCUACAAGGUUCACUGCCAAUGCCUCCACCCAACAUGAUAUAUUAUUCCAUUUCAGACAACAAAUUAAUUGGAGAAAUUUCUCCAUUGUUUUGUAAUCUGAGUACUCUUUCCUUCCUUGACUUGUCAAACAACAAGUUGAGUGGCAUGCUUCCACAAUGUCUUGGAAACUUCAGUGAUAAUCUACUUGUUUUAGAUCUUGGAAACAAUUCUUUUCAUGGCAUUCUUCCUCAAACAUACAGCAACACAAGCAGUCUGAGGACGAUUGAUGUUAGUUAUAACCAAUUGCAGGGGAAACUGCCUGAGUCAUUGGAAAAUUGUGUGAUGCUCGAGUCUCUUGUGCUGUCAAACAAUGAAUUUAAUGAUGUUUUCCCCUUUUGGUUAGGAACUUUGCCAGAGUUACAAAUUUUGGCAAUGCGGUAUAAUGGAUUCUAUGGUGUGAUUGGAAAGCCUCACAAGAGUUCCCGUUUCUUAAAGUUGCGCAUUUUUGAUCUGUCUUACAAUAACUUCACUGGUGAGUUUCCCCCUGAAUACAUCUUUUCUGGGAAUACCAUGAAGGAAUUUACUCCAAACGAGGCCCAAUAUAUGGAGACAAACACAGAUUCAGGUCUUCUUGUCGGUGAAACAGUGUUCAGCUACGGUUACCCUUUCUCAAUCACGAUAACGAAUAAAGGUGUUGACAGAUACUAUGAGAAGAUUCAACAAGACAUUGGGGUCAUUGAUAUAUCAUGCAACAAAUUUGAAGGGAAGAUUCCUGAAUUCAUUGGGAACUUGAAAGGACUUCGCUUUCUUAAUGUUUCCAACAACAUUCUCACUGGUACCAUCCCAUCAUCCUUGGGAAAGUUGACAUUACUUGAAGCAUUAGACCUUUCAAAUAACAGGCUUUCUGGAGAAAUCCCUCAGCAACUAAAGCAGCUUACAUCCCUCGCAUAUUUCAACAUCUCUCACAACAAUCUUACAGGUUCCAUACCGCAAGGGCGCCAAUUUAAUACAUUUGAAAAUACUUCAUUUGAGGGAAACCCAGGAUUGUGUGGAGAACCAUUGCCAAAGAAAUGUGGAGAUGCUAAGACUCCAACUCCACUGCCACCCUCAAGCAUAGAUGGAGUUGAUUUUGAUUGGAAAUUUGCAUUAGCGGGAUUUGGAAGUGGGUUGUUGGUGGGAGUGGUACUUGCAGACAUCACCAUCACUAGGAAGCGUGAGUUGUUUCUUGAGAUAGUUGGAGUAUUAAUCAGGCUAAUCAAAAGGAUCAAAAGGGAGAGGUCGGGAUGCAGAAAUUGACGAGACGGUUAUGAGGUUAUGGAUUUGAGGUUCUUUCACUUUUUGUGUUUGUUUUGUUUUGUUUUGCUUAUUGCUUUCUUUCCCCUUCAGCCUUUCUAUCAAUAUGGUUUUGUUGAUGUAUGUCUCAGCAACAACCAGAGUAAUUACAAAUAAAAGUUUCAGAGUGUCAUGUGUU